GUUUUGACAGUUGACUUUUUAAUGUUUGUCAUUCUCGCUGAUUCUUAAAUCCAAUUAAAUCUAUCAAUCUAUCAUUCGUUACUCCGGAGGUAAAUCACAAUUAACCACCACCAUGGAGAAGGGUAAUGAAAAAGAUAAGACAAUUGAAGAUACCAAUCAAAAGAAACUUGAGCUGAAAGAAAUACUGUCACAUCCAGAUGAAUACAUUGGCUCAGUUGAACAUGUUACUGAGCCAAUGUGGAUAUAUGAUCAAGAAGAAGAGAGAAUGAUACAACGUGAAAUAACAUAUGUACCAGGUUUAUAUAAAAUAUAUGAUGAAAUACUUGUUAAUGCUGCUGAUAGUAUACAGCGUGAUCCAACAAUAGAUAAAAUAAAAAUAGAUAUUAAACAAGAAGAUAAUACAAUAUCUGUUUGGUAUAAUGGUCAUGGUAUACCAGUUGCAGUACAUAGAGAAGAAAACAUGUAUGCACUAACAAAGAUAUUUGAUCAUUUAACAUCAUCAAAUUAUGAUGAUGCUGAAAAUAAAGCAACUGGUGGAAGAAAUGGAUAUGGUGGAAAAUUAUGUAAUAUAUUUAGUGGCCGUUUUGUUUUUGAAACAUCAUCAAAAGAAUUGAAAAAGUCAUUUAAACAAACAUGGGCAAAUAAUAUGAGUAAAUGUAUUGAAGUAAGUAUCAAAGAAAGUAGUGAUGAAGAUUUUACAAAAGUAACAUUUUCACCAGAUUUAGAAAAAUUUAAAAUGACACAAUUGGAUGAUGAUAUUGUUAGUUUAAUGACUAGAAGAGCAUAUGAUUGUGCAGCAUCAACAAAAGGUGUUGGAAUAUAUUUAAAUGAUACAUUAAUACCAAUAGAAGAUUUUGAAGAUUAUUGUGAAUUAUUCAUAAAAGGAAGAACAGAUGAUUCAGAUAAUCCACUCAAACUAUCAUAUGAACGAUGUGGUUUAAGAUGGGAAGUUGCUGUUGCAUUGUCACCAAAUUAUAGUUUUAAACAAAUGUCAUUUGUAAAUUCAAUAGCAACAACAAAAGGUGGUAAACAUGUUGAUUAUGUUAGUGAUGCUAUUGUUGAAAAAUUACAAGAUACAUUAAAAAAAGAAAAUAAAGAAGGUGCUCAAUUAGAUAAAAAAUCAAUAAAACAACAUAUGUGGAUAUUUAUUAAUUGUUUAAUAACAAAUCCAACAUUUGAUUCACAAACUAAAGAAAAUAUGAUACUUGUUAGUAAAUUUGACUCAAAAUAUGAAGUUACUGAUGAGUUUAUAACUCGUAUAUUAAAACUUGGUAUUAUUGAAUCAACAUUACAUUGGGCUAAAUUUAAACCUAAUACACAGUUACAAAAAUUAACUGGUGGUUCACCAAAGAAGAAAAAAAUAUUUGGUAUACCAAGACUAGAUGAUGCAUAUAAUGCUGGUACAUCCAAAAGUAUUGAUUGUACAUUAAUAUUAACUGGAAAUGAUUCAGGUGAAUGCCUAGCUCGUUGUGGUGUUGGUUCACUUGAUAAAGGACGUGUUAUAUUUGGUAUAUAUUCAUUAAAUGGUAAAUUAUUAAAUGUACGUGAAACAACAGAUAAACAAAUAUCUGAAAAUGAUAAUAUAAAUAAUUUAAUGAAAAUACUUGGAUUGCAAUAUCAAAAAAAAUAUGAAACACAAGAUGAUUUAAAAACAUUAAGAUAUGGUAAGUUGAUGAUAAUGACUGAUCAAGAUCAACAUGGUACUCAUUUAAAAGGUUUAUUAAUAAAUUUUAUACAUCAUAAUUGGCCAAGUUUAUUAAAACUAAAUUUCAUUGAUGAAUUUAUAACACCAUUAAUUAAAGUUACAAAAGGUUCUGAAAAACUUAGUUUUUAUUCAACAGCUGAAUAUGAAAAAUGGCAUAAAGAUCAACCAGCACCAAAUAAAAUAAAACCAAAAUACUACAAAAAUUUGGGUACAUCAACAUUAAAAGAAGCUAGAGAAUAUUUUUCUAAUAUGCAAAAACAUCGUAUUGCAUUUACAUAUGCUGGUGAUGAAGAUGAUAAAAAUAUCGUAAUGGCAUUUUCUGAAAAAUGUCGUGAUCAACGUAAAGAUUGGCUUACAAAUUAUAUGACAACAACAAAAGAUAGAAAAGAACGUGGUCUUGGUGAAAAAUUUUUAUAUCAUGAAAAUAUACGUUCUGUAACAUAUACUGAUUUUAUUAAUGUUGAAUUAGUAUCAUGUUUAAAUUAUGAUAAUGUACGUUCGAUACCAAAUGUCAUUGAUGGUUUAAAACCAGAACAACGUAGAGUUAUGUAUAUUUGUAUGUUGAGGAAUGAUAAAAAUGAAGUUAAUGUUGCACAAUUAGGUGCAUCUGUUGCUGAAAAAUGUGCUUAUUAUCAUCAACAUUAUGAUGUUGAACAAUUAUUAAUAUCAUUAUCAUCAACAAUUGUUCAUUUAGCACAAGAUUUUGUUGGAUCAAAUAAUAUUAAUUUAUUAUUACCAAUUGGUCUAUUUGGUUCACGUAUAUGUGGUAGUGAAGAUGCAGCAUCACCAAGAUAUAUAUUUACAAAAUUAAAUCCAUUAACACGUUUAAUAUUUCAUGAACAUGAUGAUCCAUUAUUACAACAUGAAAUAUCUUAUGGUAAAAAAAAUGAACCAACUUUUUAUGUACCAAUAAUACCAAUGAUAUUAGUUAAUGGUGCUGAGGGUAUUGGUACUGAAUGGAUGACUAAAAUUCCAAAUCAUAAUCCACGUGAAAUAAUACAAAAUUUAUUUAAUAUGAUGGAUGGUAAUGAUAUACAACCAAUGAAACCAUAUUGGAAAAAUUUUAAAGGUGAAAUUGAACCGUUAAGUGAUACAUGCUAUGUUAUUUAUGGUGAAAUUUUGGUAAUUGGUAAUGAUAAAAUAAAAAUUUCUGAAUUACCAAUUGGCACAUGGAUACAACAUUAUAAAGAAACAGUACUUGAUGUUAUGGCUUCAAAUAAAAAUAUUGUUGAUUAUAAAGAAUCAGAAACUCAUUUUAUUGUCACAUUAACACCACAACAAUUACGUGAUUAUGAACGUGAUGGUUUUUAUAAAGUGUUUAAAUUACAAACAACAAUAUCAAUGAGUUCAAUGUUUGCAUUUGAUAAACAUUUAUGUCUCAGUAAAUAUGAUGAUAUUAAUAGAAUUAUGAGAGAAUUUUAUGAUUUACGACUUGAAUUUUAUGUUAAAAGAAAAAACUAUUUAACUAGUAUGUUAGAAGCUGAAGCUAGAAAAUUAACAAAUCAAGCAAGAUUUAUAUUGGAAAUAUGUGAUGGUAUAUUGGUCAUUUACAACAAAAAAGAAAAAGCUGUGAUUGAUGAAUUGAUAGCAAUGGGUUAUGAUUCAGAUCCAGUAUCAGCAUGGAAAGUAACACAAAAAAAUUCAAACGAAACAAUUGAAGAUGAUGAAGAAACUGAUGAAACUAAUGAAACACGAAAAACUGUUGGUUUUGAUUAUUUAUUGGAUAUAGGAACGAAGUUAUAUACAAAAGAAAAAAUAGAUGAAUUAUUAAAAAAACGUGAUGACAAAAAAACUGAAUUGGAUAUAUUACUAAGUAAAACACCAAAAUCUAUUUGGAAAGAUGAUCUUGAUGCUUUAUUCAUAGCCCUAAAUGAUUUUGAAGAAAAAUAAAUAAAAGAAGAAAGAGGUGAUAAAAAACACAACUAAAAAAAAAAAAUAU